GCUCAACAGUCGCACCUUUUGAAUCGCUAAUAAUGGCUCAAUGGGUGCAGUCAUCUAUUAAUUCUCUUAUACCCCAUGACGCCUUUAAUGUUGGGCAAGAUGCUGAUGGAGCAGAAAUGUAUGUGGGUCGUACUAUUUUUGAGAGUGAAAUAUUGCCAGUAAAGAUUGUUCCCAGAAGACGGGAGGCCUAUGUAACUUCGGGAGGAGGUGAAUAUCUCGCUCGGCGAUUUGACGUGUUGGUUGGUAAAAACUACGAUUGGGCUGCAGGCGCUGAUGGGCUAGUUCCACAAAAUGCAAUUUACACUGGCAGAGAUAAUACAGGGCAACUUAUUUAUAUUGGCCGUGCUGUCUAUAAAAAUACGGUGACUGUGGGAAAAGUUCAACCAUCACGUGGCUGCCUAAUUUUAGGAUAUAACGGUGAUGAGAUCGAGAUUAACGCGUAUGAGGUGCUGGUGAGCACUUAAAAUGAGACAAUCUUUUUGUUAAUCACUUUAAUUAUGUACUUUAAUUUCAUGCAAAUUCAUACAUUAAUUUAAAUAAAAUGCAUAACAUUUAAAA